UCCACUGAUAUCCAUUUUUUCAGAAUAGUUUAUUUGUCGUUCCGUAUCGACUCAUUCAACCGUGAAGGAAGACUUUAGAUUCUAAUCAAAUCACCAACCCUGGAGUGCUGCUACCCCUCUUCCUAAGGGAAGAGAACAUCCCCUUUCCGCCACCGUGCCUCUCCACUGGUGCUCCAAAUAUACGAGCACAUAGUCUUCAUCCUUGAGGUGAGUUCAACUGCUCCAACUCCUGCAUAUUAAUUCCUUCUACUUCUUCACAUUUCUUUUUCAAAAAUAAGCGUCUCCAACAUUUUCUCUGAUGAUCCUGUCAUCAAUUCUAGUUAGGAAUUUAGAUUUGUUUUUACUCACCGUUUUUUGCAUACAACAAGUCAACAGCUCUUCCUCUCCACUAGUUAGUUCCCACGCACUCCAGAACUUCCGCUGUUUGGGAUGAUAGCCCUCUUGCUUUUACUUCAUAUUUGAUUACAACCAAUAUUGCUAUUAUAUCAUGAAUAAAAUCAUCUUCCCGUUAUGUUUUUUUCAAUGCACUUCGAUUAUUCAUUUGUUUUGCGGAAUCUAUCUAAUUUUGAAGGUCUUUUAUCCUGUGUAAUGAAUCGAAAAGUGUUGUCCGCAGCAGCAUAACUUAUUUUUUUGUUCUAUUGUCAUCUCAUUGACAAUACAUUGUCGUUCUUUUUGUUCUAUUGUCAUCUAGUUAAUAUUUUAUAGUCAAUCCAUUGUGUUUUAGGCUAUGGAUUGGAGGCACUUGUAAUCUUUGUUUUCUCUUUCUUUCUUUUAAGAUUAAACUAAGGCCUAGGUUUGGCUAAUAUUGGAAGCCACAGAAGACCUAACACUGAUAUGUAGACAGGAAUAAAAUAAGUUUGGCUGAUUAACAACAACUCCGCAACCAUCAACUAUUUUUCUUUCUUUUUUUCUUUUGCAGGCAUGAACUAGCAACUCCAUAGAACUAAGAAAAUUACCAUGAGUAUUAUUUAAUCUUUAGGACACAACUGCUUUUUAAACUUGCGGCCCUCUCUUACUCUAGGCUGUCCUCAGGCACAAUACCGACCUAGAAGAUAAACACUCCUAGUUGGUGAUCAUGUCUUAGGAAGAGGUAACAGGUAUCGAACUGAAUUUGCUAGAAAAAGUUACAAACCAAUUUUCCGAGGAGCUCAAAAUUGGAAGUGGUGGCUUUGGGGAAGUGUACAGGGUAUGCUUAUGAAUUUUCUGUCGAUUUCAAAUGGUCACCUGCUACGUACUGGCUACUGCUAACAAUGCAUGCGUGUUGUAUUUUUUUUUUCAGGGUGUGCUUAAUGGGUGUGAAAUUGCUGUGAAGAAGCUUUAUCUCACCAAUAGAUCAAUAGAUGAUAAGAGUUUUACAAAUGAAUUUCGCCAACUUAUGAAGGUCCAACAUGAAAACAUUAUACGGCUGAUUGGCUACUGCUAUGAGAUAAGACAUAAGCAUACUAAAGACAACGGGCAACUUGUCUUUUCUCAAGUUAUAGAUCGAGCUCUCUGUUUCGAAUACAUGCCGGAAGGAAGUCUUGCCAAGCAUAUUUCUGAUGAAUCUUGCAAACAUGACUGGUCCACAACAUUCAAAAUAAUUAAAGGGACCUGCGAGGGCCUACACUACCUUCAUAGAGGAACAGGAGACGGCAAACAUAUUUACCAUCUGGACUUAAAACCGGACAACAUAUUGUUGGAUAAAGAUAUGGUCCCCAAAAUCGCAGACUUUGGUUUGUCCAGACUCUUUGGUGAAUCAAAGACCCACAUAACAAACACCCGUAUGGAGGGAACAUUAGGAUUCAUGGCACCAGAAUAUAUACAUGAGUGUGCGAUAUCACCAAAGAAUGAUGUGUUCAGUCUCGGCGUUAUAAUUUUCUACCUACUGGCCGGACAGAAGGGCUACAACGAUUAUUGUGAGUCGCGGUCCUCUCCAGGGCAACAAUUCAUUGACAGAGUACAAGAAUACUGGAAAAAAAGGAUGCGUGCAUCGGUGGGCUACACAUGGGACAAAAUCGAUCUCCUGGCGGUGAAGAUAUGCACUGAAAUUGCAAUGAGCUGUGUGGAGAAAGAGCGUAGGGACAGGCCUUCUACAAACAAGAUUAUUGAUGAACUCCACCAACUAGACGCUCAAAUGCAGAUGUCAAAGAAAGAUUCCGAGUCAGUUACAGGCCUGGGAAAAUCCGACGUAAGAUAUAUUGCGCUUGAUCCAUCACUGGAGCUGCGCUUCCCGUUCAAACCAAAUAUGGACAUGCCAUGCUGCCUGCAGCUAACCAACAUGACAGAAAAUUCCAUUGCCUUCAAUGUGAAGACAAACAAAAGGAAGUAUAGCCCACAACCAAGCAAAGGAAUCAUACCACCAUGUUCCAAGUCAUACAUCAUUGUAACGUUGCGAGCACAGGAAGAGGCACCACCGAACAUGCAGUGCCUCGACACGUUAAUUGUGCAGAGCACAAGGGUGAGCGAGGAUUUCACAUCCCAAGAGAUCACUCAACACUUCCUUGAGGAAGCAGAGGUGGAUGAGGUGAUAUUGCCAAUUGCUUAUGUUGCAUUCGAAAAAUCUGACCUCGAUGUAUCUAAAUAGGUAGUUACCGCAAAGAACUUCUAUCUCCGGAGUGUAAUUCAUUUUGAGUG